AAUCCCCUUCAGUUUGGUAUAAGAGGAAACAGCAUGGAGGCACAGAGACACACGGCCUUGGACUCCACUUGUGGUUACAGGCGAUCGCAACAGCUCUCUUUGCAGCGUAUUAAUUGUCCAGACGAUGGCAGCCAUGAAGAGGAUUCCCGGCUUUUCCACCCUCCUCCUCCUCAGUUUCCUGAGUGAACUUUCCUUUGGCAGAACUCUGAAGUUCAACAACUGCGAGGUCAGCGUCCACACGCAUGAGCUCCGCAGACAUUACUCGGAGAUGCGCUCGAUAGCGAUUUCUGAGGACACGGAGAUUGGAGUGAUGAUCCUGAACAGAUCAACAAUGACAUCCCUUCAGGUCGAUCAGACAUGCUGUUACUUGCGCCUGAUCCUGCGCUUCUACACGGAGCGGGUCUUCCGAAACUACGCCUCCUCACAGCCGCGUUACUCCAGCGCCCUGGCCAACGCCUUUGUCACCGUUAGGAGGAACAUAAACAAAUGCCACUGUCUCUGCGAGGAGGACACGCAAAGAGCCAUGGACUCGUUAAACGCAGAGUUCGACAAGCUGUCCAUCAACAAGGCGGCCAAGAAGGCAGUGGCGGAGAUGGACGCGCUACUGGACUGGCUCGAGGAACUGGAGGAGUCGUCGGCAGCGGCGGCGACGUCCGACCUAACCCUGACAGCCUAGAACCGUCCGGGACGUUUCUUUUGUUUGGACUUGAAAUUAACUUAAAUAUGGAUGGAGACUUGAUUUAACGUGCUAAUUUAUCCACAUAAGAAUAUUUAUUACACUAUUUAAAAUGCUUAUAAACCCGCAUUGGAAUAUUUAUUACACUUUAUUUAAAAUUCUGUUAUACCCCACAUUGGAUUAUUUAUUAUGCUUUAUUUAAUGUCCUAACAUAUCCACAUAGGAAUAUUUAUUUACAUGCAACACAUCCAAAGUUGUACCAUUUAUUUAUCACAUACCGUACUUGAUACUGAGUAUUAGUAUGUAUGUUUUCUUGGUGUUUUGUACGUUUCAGCAACAAUGAAUAAACUAUUCUUUUAUAGCC